AUGAUCGAAACGGCCAAGCCGGAUUCGUUCCGAAAUCUUAUUCGCUGCUUAGGACGAGUUGUAGAUGAGCAGAAAGCAGCUGGAAGGUAUAUGUCGUGGCAGCGUAUGAGUAUAGUUGUCGAUCGCUAUGAAAGAUUAGCUAUAGGACAACUGCGUGAUUUACGCAAACUCCAGCGAAUGGCCAUGAAUCGCAAUACAGAUUCAGCGUCUGUUAGAGAUCAAAUUGACCGAAUAGGACAACAUCUUCAAUCGAGUCUUGCUCAGUUAUUAGGUGAACGUGAUAAUCUUGAUGCCGAAGGACGAGAACAGUUUGAUAAUCGUGUUGAGUCUAUCCGAAAACAGAUUCAAGCAGCAAUUAAUGCCACUGCGUCAUUACCACCUUUGGAAUCAAAGAAUCCUUUUGAAGAACCAGAUUCCGAUGACACGAAUCCCUAUGAGUUAGAAGGAAGGAGGUAUGUACAAGAGACCGAUUCGCGAGCUCUUGAGCUAAAAGCGAAAGCAGAAGAGGCGAAAAUGAUGGCUGACGCAACUGCUAAAUUGAACAAGGAUAUGAGAGACCUUGAAGAGAUUUUUGCCGAGCUGGCUACAAUUGUUCAUGAGCAACACGAAGUUGUCGACUCCAUCGAGGAGCACGUUGAGCGUGCUACCCAUGAUAUCAAAUAUGGUAACGAGCAGCUGAAGAAGGCUGUGAGGAGCAAAACGAAUAGGACAACAGUGACUGCAGCCGUAGUAGGCGGUGUCGCCGUUGGAGGACCCGUAGGGUUAGCGGCUGGAUCAGCCAUAGCUGGAGUAGCAGCUGGAGUUGCGGGUUUAGUUGCAGGUUAGUU